UUGCCACAUUCGCCGUUUAAAAUUGCCCCAAAACUGAAUCACAAAAACCCUCUUGGCCCUAUGCUGCCCCGAAGGCUUCGCGAAUCGCCUUCACCACCCUCGCCGAUUCUCCCCAAGAAAACCAAGUGCCAUGCCGGUGCCGACCUUGCCGACCCCCUGGAGCGCAUCCGCAUGCUGCUGGACAAGUUGCUGCAACACGAGGACGGGUGGGUUUUCGCCAAGCCGGUGGAUCCGCUCAGCCUUGGCCUGAGUGACUACUACUCUGACAUACCCGAUGCCAUGGAUCUUGGCACUGUCAGCUGCCGCCUUGAAGGCAAUCGCUAUAUGGACCUGCACUCAUUUGCCAGAGAUGUGAGACUUACCUUCCACAAUGCCAUGGUCUACAACGACAAGGGCGAUGAUGUGUAUGAGAGCGCAGCCGAGCUCUCUGAAAUCUUCGAGUCAGGGUGGGCCUCCAUUGAACAAGUGCUCCCAUCGCCGCCAUCAAUCACCGACCGUAGGAUGAAGCUCAAGAAUGAGCUGCCACGGCUGUCGGAGGGCUUGCAGAGGAGAGCAGUCAUUAUUAUGAAGGACAUAAACGCGUGGCUUCAGGAGGCGAAUGGGAGGGUUCAGGUGGAUUUCGAAAAGGCGGACGAGGCAACUCUUGACAAGCUCGAGCGGCUGGUUCUCUUGGGUGCCAUGCAGCAGCAGGUGCACAUGCAAGGUGACAAGGAUCGGCACAACACAUAAGUCGAUAUUGGGUGAGUGAGAAAAGAGAGCACCAGGGAGAAAGAUAUAUGAUGAGGCGCAGACGUAGGAACUGGAAUAAAGAUGUUGGUGCUCAUUCUGGUGAUGUGUUACAAGAUGUUUGUUGCUGUUAGCUAUUGGAGCACCUGAUGGUUAUUAUUUUGUUCAGAAUUUCUAGAGCAAUUGGUAAACUAAUCAAUUGCUUAUGUAGGAGGACAAGGUGCUAUUUUUCAUAACAGUUUAACUUUUCGCCUUAAGGGUACUUUGCACUGGAGGCUUGUCCUUUGUAUUCCGUACAGUUCUCUGUUAAAUACAAUACUGGGUGACAGCUUGAUGAGGAUACUUCAUGUUGCAGCAUUUGCAGUAUCAAGCUAUGCUUCAACUAAAGGUUGGCAAUGCAAACCCUUUAAUCCUCUACACGGUGAACAUACGAAGUUGAUUAUCUGUAUGAAGUUGCAACAUGCAGCACUCAUCAGAAAUUAUUGUAUCUGAACUGACAACAAAGCUAUGUAAGAAUUUCAUAGUGUAUAAAAUUAAAAAGGGUAAUCAGCAAAGCUACAUCACGUCAUCACCUGCUCCCAUACUGCAUAGCUUCACCAUUUACAUUGGAC